GGGAGGCGUGGGGACACGCAGCUUUGAACAGGGGGGCAAAGGUGGGCAUUUCUGUGUACAGAUGUGUGAAUACGGGAAGCAGAUCCCUGUGAACAUCCAACACCUGGUAACAGUGGCAAGCAGAGACGAUUCAAUUUGGAAGAGAGACAGAGACCACGAGAGGCUGGGCAUCGGGGCAUCUUCGAAGACAGCAGGUCUUCUGACAGAGCCGGCCCCACACCCAGCACCCAGCACCCAGCACAGGAAAGGGGGAGGGGUGGCAGUGACUGCCUGAGCGAAAAACAGCUACGAGAGAGAGCUUCAACUGCAUCAAAGGUCAGCCUGCCACUAACUCGGGACUAAUCCGAGAAGACCUGCCCUGGAGGUGCUAAGAAGAGACAUCAGCACCCAGCUGGGAAGGUGCCAGCUGCCCCCCACCCUGCCGCCCCGCCCUGAGGCCCGCAGUCAGCAGCUGGGGUGCAGGAAGAGCUCCCCCCAGGGCAGGAGUCAUGGCCCGGCUACCUCCCUGCUGGCUGUGGGUUCUGGGGACCCUGGCGGGGCUCUCGGCAACCCCAGGCCCCAAGAGUUGUCCGGAGAAGCAAUACCGGGCUCAGGGAGGAUGGUGUUGUCAGAUGUGUGAACCAGGAACGUUUCUGGUGAAGGACUGCGAGCAGCACGGAGAGGCAGCUCAAUGCAAUCCGUGUACACCGGGGGUCUCCUUCAUGCCGGACCACCACAGCCGGCCCCACUGUGAGAGCUGCCGGCACUGUAACUCUGGUGAGGUCUUCUCAUUCGAAACUGCACCCUCACGGCUAACUCAGAGUGUGCCUGCCCCGAGGGCCAGCAAUGCAGGGACAAGGACUGUAUGGAGUGUGAUGGUCCAGCCCAGGCCCAAGGCCCACACCCUCAAACCUCCCACUUACCUUAUGCUGAAGAUCCCAGAGGCCAGGACAGAUCGGCACACUCAAACUCUGGCCAACUCCAGGUGGCUGCCGGCCCCAACCCUCUCAACCCACUGGUCACCCCAAAGGUCCCUGUGCAGCGCGAACUGCAUCCGCAUCUUUGUGCUCCUCUCUGGAAUGUUUCUUGCUUUCACCAUAGUCGGAGCCCUGUUCCUCCAUCAACAAAGAAAAUUAAGUAAGAGAUUAAAUGCAGGAGAAAGUCCAGUGGCACCCGCUGAGCCUUGUCCUUGUCCUUACACCUGUCCCAGCGAGGAAGAGGGCAGUGCCAUCCCCAUUCAGGAGGAUUACCGAAAACCAGAGCCUACUUCCUACUUCUGAGCCAGUGCUCCUCAGAGAAGGCCACCACUGCAAUCAAGUCCUAGCCUCCACCUCACCCCAUUGGCCAUCCAAGGAGAUCAAGAGAGGGCACCUCGAAUUUCAGCACCACCCUCUCAUCGGGACCCUUUCCUGUGUGCAGACUUGAGAAACUAUCGUUGCUCAGUCGCUAAGUCAUGUCCAAUUCUUUGUGACCCCACCGACUGCAGCACACCAGGCUCUCCUGUCCUUCACUACCUCCUGGAGUUUGCUCAAUUCAUGUCCAUUGAGUUGGUGAUGCUAU